UCAACGAACAGCAAUUGUGGGUUCCAUCUCACAAUGAUUGAUCGGCGGCAGAUUCUGUUUGGGGCUCAGGUAUAAGAGUCUGCUAGUGCCCCAUUUACUUUUCGCGUCACUCCCUCCCAGGAUACUUGGAAAAUAGAUCCUACCAGAGUCGACAAGCCGCGAUUAUGACGAGCAAGCCCAUCUUUGUGGCUACUCAUCCGAGGGCCUGCUCGACGGCCUUUGAGCGGGUCUUCAUGACCCGCUACGACACGCUCCAGUGUGUUCACGAGCCUUUCGGCGACGCCUACUACUUCGGUCCCGAGCGCCUCGCUGAGCGUUAUGAGAAUGACGCGAAAGCCAGGAAAGAGUCUGGCUAUGAGGAGAGCACAUACAAGACCAUUUUUGAUCGCAUCGCGAGAGAAAACUCGGAGGUUCGUUCACUAAUACUUUCCAUGUUUCUGCAAUAUUACCGUUUUCCUGCUGUUUCCUCUCAGUCCGUCAUCUUUUCACACCCAAUCAAGAUCUUAUUUUCGCAAUCUCGUCAACUUCGUCGCAAUUGCGUGUUGUGUGCUCCCAGCCAACCACCCGACAGCUAGAUCUCUGUCUACCCCACCUUAAUCACGACCAUCUCAUACUUUCCUAAAUUCAACUUGCGCGAUAUGUAAGCGCUUCGACUGGAGCGCAACAAAUUCACCAAAGUCCUUGGUCUCUACAAGCGGACAAUUCAAAAACCGCCGUCCUCCAUUUCCCCGA